CCCACCAUAAAAGGCGAGCGCCCCAGCUCCGCCCCUGCCGCGCCGCUGCCCUUUCCACCGAGCGAAGGAGGCCACAGGCCAGCGCCGAGCCACGCGCAGCCGGCAUCGUUAAAAUGGCAUCAGCUGUUACCAUCAGCUCAGCUGGUGCUCAGGCUGGCCUGAUCUCAAAGCCAAGGAAUCAUGGCUUCACAAGCUACAGUGGCUUAAAGGCAGCAUCAUCCAUUAGCUUUGAAUCAGCGUCAUCAUUCCUGGGUAGGAAUGCAUCUCUUCGGGCAUCUGUUGCUCCAAGGAUUGUGCCAAAGGCGAAGUCAAGCUCUCAAAUUUCUCCUGAGGCUUCAUACAAGGUGGCAGUACUUGGUGCCGCUGGUGGUAUUGGUCAACCAUUGGGGCUUUUGAUUAAGAUGUCUCCUCUGGUCUCAGCUCUGCAUCUGUAUGAUAUUGCAAAUGUCAAGGGAGUUGCUGCUGAUCUCAGCCACUGCAACACACCUUCUCAGGUUCUGGACUUCACUGGGCCGUCGGAAUUAGCCAACUGCUUGAAAGGUGUGGAUGUUGUUGUCAUCCCUGCUGGGGUCCCAAGGAAGCCAGGCAUGACUCGGGAUGACCUUUUUAACAUCAAUGCGAGCAUUGUCAAGUCGCUUGUUGAGGCUGUUGCAGACAAUUGUCCAGAGGCCUUCAUCCAGAUUAUCAGCAACCCAGUAAACUCCACUGUUCCAAUUGCUGCUGAGGUUCUGAAACAGAAGGGGGUCUACAAUCCCAAGAAGCUCUUUGGAGUUACUACUCUAGAUGUUGUCAGAGCUAACACAUUUGUUGCACAGAAGAAGAACCUCAACCUCAUCGAUGUCGAUGUCCCAGUUGUCGGUGGUCAUGCUGGGAUUACAAUUCUCCCGCUGCUGUCAAAGACCAGGCCAUCUGUCACGUUUACAGAUGAGGAAACUGAAGAGCUGACAAAGAGGAUACAGAAUGCUGGAACAGAGGUGGUGGAGGCGAAAGCUGGUGCUGGAUCCGCUACCCUCUCCAUGGCAUAUGCUGCUGCUCGAUUUGUCGAGUCUUCUCUUCGUGCACUGGCGGGUGACCCUGAAGUUUACGAGUGCACAUACGUCCAUUCUGAGUUAACUGAGCUGCCAUUCUUUGCAUCCAGAGUUAAGCUAGGAAAGAACGGUGUCGAGUCCAUCAUUUCUGCUGACCUUGAGGGAGUGACCGAAUACGAGGCCAAGGCACUUGAAGCAUUGAAGCCUGAGUUGAAGGCCAGCAUCGAGAAGGGUGUCGAGUUCGUCCACAAACAGCAGACAGCCGCGGCAUCUGCUUGAAGCAAGCAGAAUUUGAUCAAUACAAACAAGGAAGAUAAUAAACGGAAAUCGACUCUCGAUACCUUUUAGUUUUGCAGCCUAGAAAUUUUUUGUGUCGACGCGUAGGAAGAUGCUCCAGACUGGUUGCGUUGUAUUACAAUCUUUAAUUUCUUCCUAAUACAUGAGGCCGAUAAUGCCCAAACUGUUGCCCGUUUCAAGGUCCUGUGUUAACACUUAAAUUUUGCUUCAGUUUCGCUGAGGUUUGUUUGUAGCUUGCUGAAACUAGACAAACUAAGGAAUAAUAAAUCAAUUCUUUGAUCAUUCUCAGC